AAGAGCAAGCCAAAUUCAUUCAAUAAUUUAACAAAAAUAUUUGUUAUUAGUUUCAAUACAAGUAGUAUAAUAUUAAGAUUUACUUAGCUAUUAAUUAUUUUAGGUAGUUUAGUUUAAGUUUAUUUAGCCAAAGAAAGCUAAAUUAUAUCCUAAAAAUAAAUUCAUUCUAAAUAGUUGUCCAUGUGGAGUUAAUAGAUUUAGAUUAGUUAAUUUCCAGACUAUGCUGACUCAGAAGAAAACGAAUCAGUAUGCAAUUCUUAAGUUAAUUCUAGCAAACCUUAAAAAGAGAGUAUUCUACCACCUCCAAAUCCUAUUUUAAAUCAUAGAUAUGGAGAUGAUGAGAUUAAAACAGCCCUAAAAGUAGUUUUUAAACCUCUACCAGAGUUUUCAUCGUUAAAUUAAGGGGAAAAGUUAGGCGGUAGACAUUAAAAAUUCAAAGCAAAGAUUAGUUAAAAGUAUAAAGAAGAUGAAAAAGUAAACUCGAAUUAAAAUUAGUCGGACGAUGAAGAAUAACAAUUGCACUAAAUAGAAAAUAUAGAUGAUGACUCACUCUAUUCUUAUUAUUUCAAUUUAAAAGUUCCUUAAGUCUAUAAAAAAUUCGAUAAUUCUAACUGUAACUCAAUUCCUUACUCUAAAAAGAAAUACUUUGCUAGUUAUUUUUGCAACAUAAGAAAUAUUAUCUCAGAUUAAUCAGGAAAGCUGCUAAUGGAGUAGAGUCUGUUAAAAACUAACACUAAAUGCAAUGAAAAUAAAGAAUAAGUUGAUUUAAUUGAAUAAUCAAGCACUUCCAUUAUUGGAAUGGAUGCAUUAAAUUAGCAAGAUUAGCUUAAAACAUUUACCACAGAACAAAGCACUCCAAAAAAUAUAAAUAUAGAUAAUAACUUUGUUUCAAUCUCAUAGCAACUGCCACAACCAAUCUAAAGGCAAAAAAGCAACUCAAAACCAGGAGAUUUAAAGUUUGACUCCAAUUUCGAGAGUGGAAACUUGUUUGCUGCAUUUAAAAUAAGCGAAAAAGAAUAUGAUCUAGUCUUGUAGAACGAUAUUAACUCUAAAGGAAAUACUUAAUGGUUUUUUUUCUCAGUCAGAAAUAUGAUAAAAAACUAGAUGGUUAAAUUCAAUAUAGUGAACUUUCUUAAGAAUGAUUCUCUAUUUAAUUAUGGAAUGAAGCCUGUAGUUUUUUCUUAAUAGGAUAAUAAAGUAAAUGGUAAUAGUUGGGGUAGAGAAGGAUAUAGUAUUACAUAUGAGAAGAGUAACAUUUUAAGAGAAGGUAGUAGCAGUAAAUACUAUUACAAGCUAUCUUUUUCAUAUUAGUUUAAAUACUCUAAUGACACUGUAUAUUUUGCUCAAUGUUUUCCUUACACUUACUCAGAUUUACAAAAAUUUACUACUUCUUUACUAAAUGAUCCACAAAGGAAGUGUUUCAUUUCCAAAAAGCUUCUUUGCUACUCUAUAGCUAAAAAUAAAUGUGAUAUUUUCACAGUUACAUCUUCUUCUUAUUUUGACAGUGAAAAUGAGUAGAAAGAUAAAGAAAAUAUAAGCUCAUUUUAAGAUGUUCUUUCUCCACUCAAGCGUCCUCAUUAAUUAAAAGAUAAAAAGAAAAUAGUCUUUUUAACAGCAAGGUAGCACCCUGGAGAGACUCCAGCUUCUUACAUGAUAUAAGGUGUCAUAGAAUUUCUGACUGAUCCAUAUGAUGAAUAAGCUGCAUUUUUAAGAGAACAUUUCAUCUUUAAAAUUAUCCCUAUGCUGAAUCCAGAUGGUGUUAUACAUGGAAACUAUCGUUGUUCUUUAAGUGGUGUUGACUUAAACAGAUAGUGGUCAAACCCUUCUCGAGAACUGCAUCCAACUAUUUAUUUUGCUAAAAAUGCUAUCAUUAAAUAUUGUACAGAAAGGAAGUGUAGAUUUUUAUGCGAUUUUCAUGGCCACAGUAAAAAAAUGAAUAGUUUUUUUUAUGGAAAUCCUUAUGAAGAAGACCCAUAUUUGCCAAAAAUAAUACCUAUGGAAUGUUAAAAUAUAAAUAAAGGAGUAGAUUUUAGGUCUUGCACUUUUAAAAUUACUCCUGAUAAGGAAAGUACUUUUAGAUAAGCGUUACUCAAUGAAAUUCCUGAAAAUCCAUUUAUUUACACUUUUGAGGCAUCAUUUUAUGGAACUUAAAUUUAGUACUAUAAGAACCAUUUUUCAAUAGAUGACUUCAAAAAUUUAGGAAGAGACGUGAUUAAGGGAUUCUACCGUUCUGUUAAAUAAGAAGUUGAAGAAGAAAUUAGGAUCUAUAGUAAAUAAGAAAUUAAAAGUAAGAGUACUUUAAAUCUUAAAGAAUGUGAUGAUUUAGAAGAUUAAGCUAAUAAUAGUGCUUCUGAAAAUUAUAAAAAAAUGCUUUAAGCUUAAAUAGAUAUUUCAGGUGGGUAAAACGAAGGAGAUAAUAAUGGCUCAGAUAGCAAUCCAUCAGAAGAUGAAUUGAGCAAAUAAGAAUUAAAAAGUCUAAAUAAAUAAAAUUCUAAAAAAAUAAUAAAAAAGCUCUCUGGCUAAUAAAGUUUACUUAAAGGCGAUAAUUUAAUCAGAUAAAAUUCAAGUUAACAAAAUAAGAGAAUGAUAAAAACCAGUUAAGAAGAUAGAAAUUCUUUAGCUGGACUCACAACAGUAGAAACUUCAUCAACAAGAGUUUCCUCCUCAAAAAAAAUUGUACUUCUUUACAAUGACCAGGCAGUAUAGACAGAAAGCAGCUUUGAUUUUUCAAAGUUAUAAAAAUUUAACAAUCAAAGAGAAUUUUUUAACAACAUUAAUAAUAAAGCAUGCUAUACAUUUGAUGACUAAUAAAAUUAUGGUUAUGAUCAAAUGUUAUCUGAGCCUGAUAUGCUUUCUAUUGAUUAAAAAACUAGCUAGUUUAAGAAUAAAUUAAUAAACUAAGCUUUAUAACAAAGAUAAAUUAGCACAUAGGAUUAUUAAGGUUAAUAAAUGAAUAUUCAUAGACCAAAAACUUCAAAUAUAUCUGGAGGCAGAUAAAAUUAUGGGAGUAGAAAUGCUUCUGUUAGCUUUCAUUCAAAGGAUAUGAGUAGCUCAGAAAUAAAGAGCAGUAAUUUACUAAAUAAUAAUUCUAGUUUAAAUGAUGCUUAAAUCUUUUAAAAAAGAGUAUCAUCUUUUCACUCUACGAGUGUUGGUUUCUAUACAAAUAACUAAUCAAAAAAUUAAACAAACAUAAAUAAUGGAAUUAAAGUAGUAAGUUAUAACACUCAAAUACCUUAACAUUAGUUAUUAUUAAAUAUCUAAAGUGCUAUGUAGAGUAGACCCUUUAGCAAUAGAUUAUUCAUAUCAGGAGUUAAAUACUCAAGAGAAAACUCUAAAUCUAAAAGUAUGAAUAACAAUGAUUCAUUAAAUAAAUCAACUAAUUCCUAAAAUUUGAAGAAUAAAAAACACUAAGAAGUUCAAACCUAAAUUUCAAUACCAAUAAUAAUGAAUGUAAAUAAUUAAUCUGUAUAAUAAUAGCAUUGGUAAUAAUAAAUGCAGUAGUAGUACUCUUAGUCUAACAUUCUGAAUGAUAUAUAAAAUCAGCAAUAAAACUAUUCUAAAGGAAGGCAGAGUUAGUAGCAGGAAUAGGUUUAACAGAAUUAGUAAUAGGAACAAGGAUAAUUCAAUUAAAUCUGCAUGUAAACUUAUAAUAAGAAUCACUUGAAUAGCUUCUCUCCUAAAAAGAAAUAAUACAUACUCUGCAUCCAAAAAAAAGACACUCGCUCUAAAAGCCCAUAAUUAAGAUAGCCGAUUGAGAAAAGGAUAUUAAACAGUCCAAUACAAUAAAAUAACUUAUUCAAGAAUAUGAAUUAAAAGCUUGGUAGAGAAAUAAUUCAUUCUCCAAUAAUAAAAAUGUUUAAAAAUAUAAGCAAUUAAAAUAAACAAAAUAACUCAACAAAUUUUCAAUAAAAUAACUCAACCAUUUAUGAAUCUCUCAAUUAAUCUAUAUAUGCAGGUGUUUUAGAUCGAAACAAAAGUUUCAGCAACAACCAAAAUAAUAGCACCAUUUAUCAAUAUACAAACAGUUCUUCUACUAUUUAGAAAGAUCAAAGAAGCAAUAGUCUAAACACUACUUCUUGUGCAAAUAAAACUAGAAAAUAAAGUUCUUGCAAAACAAAUGUACUAAAUUAGAAUAGUAUCUUAUUUACUGAGCAAGCUUCGGUCGAUUAUCUAAAUAAUCUUUAAAUGAACCUCUAGAUUAGGUAAUGUUCUCCUUACAAAAGUCCUACAAAACAUUAUAGAACCAAUUCUAAAAAAGACCACAAAUACAUAAAUACAGAACCAAAUUUACUUAAUUGA